UUUUUCGAAGAAAUGAUUCAACAAUUUGUGCUGUUAAAAUAUACUUGAUAUUUUGAUACAUUUACAAACAGAAUUAAUGCAUUCUAAGGAUCAUAAACAAACUGGAGCCCAAGGUUCUAGUGUUGAAAAUUUAUCAGUUUCAAGACGCAGAUUGGCCAGAAUCCGUUGUAUUCUGGAAUGUAUCCAAUGCUUAAAAGAGCGAAAAAAGUUUCCAGCAUGCAUUUGUUUUGUUCCUUCAGAAGUUGAAUAUAAAUGUCAAAGUAAAACAACACUUAGGGUCUAUCCUGAACCCCUCAAAAAUAGUAGAAAAAUAAAAGACUUGCAUUGCACAACAGAAUCACGAGUGGUGGCAAGUGGUGAAGAAUAUUGCAAUUCACAAGGCAAAUGGCUGAGGAUAAAAAGGUUUAGAGUUACUUCAAAUGAUGAAGAAAAAUUUGAUAAUGAAGCUUGGAUUCAACAGUUCAGCAGCAAAAGUUCCAAUGAAGAAGCGCCUGUUUUAGUUCCAGUGGACAAAGCAUUAAAAAGGACAAAUCCAAUUUCCAAUUGGGAAGAAGUUGUAGAACAACACUUUGCCAUUCAGCUACCUAAAAAGAAAUUAGAUAUAAUGGCUGCUGAUGAAGAAGCUGUAGAUAAAUUAAGACAAGUUCCUGCCAAUUGGUCUAUAGAAUGUGAAGAAGCCUUAGUUCGUUUAAUGUCACAACAUAUACCUCCAGAAAAUGAUCAUCUAGGAAGCAUCAAAAACUAUGUAGAGGCUGUUGAAGUUUCUUCAUGCUGUGAUGAAUCUACUGGUUCUUCUCCUCUGACUGAUGGGGAUCCAGAUACUUACUGGGAAAGUGAUGGUAGUGCUGGAAGACACUGGAUAGACCUCAAAAUGAAGAAAGGUGCUGUGAUAUCAGAAUUGAAGGUAACCUUAGACGGUUCUGAUGACAACUAUCUCCCACGGAAGCUUGUAGUGGAGGGCGGAGAACCAAAUAAUUUUACUGUGUUGAAUACCGUUAAUAUUACUUGGGAAAUUUCUGAUGUGGAAGACAUACUAUUGUUAGAAAAUUCCACAGAACAUUAUCCCUAUAUCAUGAUAAGAAUCAAAGAAUGCAAAUGUGAGUAUACUUCCGGUGGUAUAGAUACACGUAUCAGAGAAAUAAAGAUCACAGCAUCAGAAGGAAGGUAUAUGGGAUUUGAUAUGGACGUAUUUAAGAAGGAUAACUUAGUCAGAUUUCCUAAGUUAGAAUCAUACACCUCGGAGCAGUUAUAUAGAAGAUCUAUUGUUAUACAGAGAUUUAUAUCUAUAUUGGAUAAUGUACUUAAAUAUUUAGUUCCGUCCUGGAAAUACUCAGUUGGUUCAUACAGCUCAUUAGAGUUUAUACGCCAGCUUUUGCCUUUAUCAAAGAAAAGAAUGCAUUUAAUAGAAACAUUUGUGAAAGAAUCUGCUACAGAAAGACCAUCAGAUACACCUAAGCUAUAUAUAAAUAGAAGAGCUGCCAUGGAACAUCGGUGUGAACCAGGGAAUGAUCCAGACUUUAAAAAUUCUAUUUUCUCACAGAUUUAUGAAGGAUUGAAACCAAGAGAUAGAAAUAGUAAAUGUUUAGACUAUAGAUGGUCAUCGCGCUUUGACCAGUGGUGGGAGUGUAAGUUUAUGUCAGAAGGUGUAAUUGAUCAGGGUGGAGGAUUCAGGGAUAGUUUAUCAGAUCUUUCUGAGGAACUCUGUCCUAUUGCCAGUGAUGCAGCUUUACCUCUGCCAUUCUUCAUCAGAUCUCCUAACCAGGUUGGAGAUGAUUCUAAUAUUCAUAGGGAUGUUUACAUAUUGAAUCAUCAAUGUAAAGAUUUUACCAAAUAUGAAUGGAUAGGACAACUAAUGGGAGCUUGUCUUCGUGGCAAGGAAAAUCUGGUGCUAUCUUUUCCACCAUUGAUCUGGAAGAUGAUAUGUGGAGAGAGAGUGACCUGGACUAGAGACUAUCAUACAGUUGAUGCUGCUGAGGUAAAGUUAAUAGAUCAGCUAGAAACAAUGGAUAAAGAGACGUUCUCAGGUGCAGGUAGAAUCUGGAGUACAACAAUGACUGACGGUACACCUGUAGAACUGAAAGUAGACGGUGAGGGAAACCCCCUUCCUUUAGACUAUGAUGACAGACAGGAAUAUUGUAAUAAAGUCAGACAUAUCAGGAUGUCAGAGUUUGAUGAACAGAUUUCUGCUAUCAGGAAGGGUUUGCUGAAGACAGUACCUCAAGCUGUAUUUGAUUUGCUUACUUGGCAAGAACUGGAACACAGAAUUAGUGGCAACCCUGAUAUUACAAUUGAAGCUCUCAAACGUUCAGUGCAUUAUGAUGACAUUGAGGAGGAUUGUUCUACUGUAAAAUACAUGUGGCAAGCAUUAGAAAAGUUCUCUACAGAAGACAGGAGUAGAUUUCUCAGAUUUGUUACUGGUCGUAAACGAUUACCUGCUCCAAUUUAUGUAUCUUCUGGUAAAACAGAUGCUAUAGAUUGUUUACCAGAAUCCUCGACUUGUGCUAAUAUGCUUUACAUUCCUACAUAUACAAGUUCAAAGGUCGCUGAAGAGAAGUUACGAUACGCUGUAUAUAAUUGUACAGAUAUGGAUGCGGACACGUUAUACUUGAGUGAUACAGAUCUUGAUAUAUUUUAAUGCUAAGAUUGCUGAGCAGAAACUACGCUACGCUGUUUACAAUUGUACUGACAUAGAUUUAGACUUACAAGACUGGGGCGAUUCAUCAGACACUGAAUAAACAGAGAUUGGCACAUACCUGAUCAACAUAGUUCAGUAGACAAAGCUACUAAUAUGUCAAAUAGUCCUUCAUAUAUCCAUAAUUUGUUGCUGAAUGUGACUUUUUAUUAAAAAAUAACACAUUUAAGGUAUCAAAGUGCUGUUGAUGGUCAAACUUUUAAUGUUUGAUAGCAAUAUUAGUUCUGUUCAUUUGUUGACAGUAUAACAGGUCAUAAGAUACUGGUUCCUGAAUAGAGCCAAAGGUAUAUAAGUUGUUAACUAUAUAGUGCAGUGGCGGAUCCAAGGGGGGGGGGGGGUUGUGUUCGGGGGUUGGAACCCUCUUUUUUUUUUUAUGAUCAAUGCUUUUGAAUGGGGACAAAUGGUUGGAACCCCCCUUUUAAAUGGCUGGAUCUGCCCCUGUAGUGUGUUACUUUUAUAAAUGCAUCCUGGUAUUUUAACAGUCUUCUAGUUUUAUAAUUAUAUCUGAUGGUGAAUUGCAUAAUUUUAUUGUGGAAAGAAGGCCACACGGAACUUAAAUCCGCUGUAUAGACAACAAAACAAGUUUGCCAACUUUUUGUUGAUUCAUAGAUUAAAAGAUGCAAUAAAUUUAUGUAGACAUGGAAAGGAAACUGUGUUUAAGGCUAAUAAUGUUCUAGACAUUCAUGCUGACUCACUUAAGGAUGUUUGCUUAUUUUAGAUUAACAAAAGAAAACAAAAAAAAGCUUUUUGAAAAGACUGUUAAUUGAUAGUCUACAGAUAAAGGAACUUAAAAAGCUGAAAAAUUCAUGCCCUUGUUUUUGAGAUCUAAGCAACUGAAAAUUUGGUGGGAAUUUAUUCUCUGUAGAUUUUUUUACAUUUAACAUUGGCACAUUUUUCCUUUCGAAAACUAUGAAAAUUUUAAGGAUUUUAUAAGAUUUUCAAAAAUGCCUUUUUAAACUAUAUGUAAACAAAUUAUUUAAAGAAAAGUAGGGGGUUAGCGCCUUAGUGGGCACACUUUUUAAUUGCACUACAUGGAUAAAACUAGAGGGUUCUGAAUAUCUGACAAAAAUGUCAAAAAGAAGAGUUGCAAACAUCCUUAAGUUUUGCUCUGAAUUGAUAAAUGACACAAGAAGAAAUUGAUUUUGAUCUGUAAUGUCAAAUAUUUUCUACAAAUUUAAUCAAAAAAUGCUUUAUUUCAUACAAUGUAGGAGAAACUGACUAUAUAGAAUAUUUAUCAAGAGUGUAUUUAAAGAAGCUAAGAAGUUUUUAUAACUCUAUGAUAUUAUUUUAUUAUUUGAAAACUGCAUUGGGUUGCUGUCUCAUAGACUAAAUAUCAUAACAUAACCUUUUAUACAUAUAAUUGCAACAUCACAUUUCAAAAAAUGGUGGGAAAACAACAAAAUUUCAAGUUUUCAAUGAACUGUAUAUCGUUUCUGUAACCUUUCACUGUAAAAGAGAAUUCAUUGAUAUUCAGUGAAAAUGGAAAUAUAUUAAAUAUUGUAGCAAUACAAUAAUUGUUUGAUGUCAUAAAUGAUUUGUCUUAUUGAUUAUAAAUUUUCUUUCUUUAGAAAUGAAAACCAGUAAACAACCUUUGUCUUUUAUAAAAUGACCAUUGAGUUAUUUAAUUAUGCUGCCAAGCAGUAAGCUGAAGACAAUAUUGUAGUCAUUUAACUUUGAUGUUCCUGAAAUACUUCACUGUUCAAAGAAACAAUUAUAAAUAUAAAUUUUCAUUUUUAAAUAUUCAUCGGUUGAAAAAAACAAAGGACAUCUAUGAUUAAAUGCUUUUAUUAUGAUAAAUAUAUUUAUUUUCUCGAAACUGAUAUAUUGCUUGUCAAAAUAUUCUUUUUUGUUUUUAUUGUUUUAACUCAGUAAGAAUAUAUAUUUUAAAACAAAAUCAGUUAUUCUUUUUAAUGAAUAUGGAAGAAUUGUUAAUUGUAAAUUGUGUAUGUUUCUAAACAAGAAAUAUUAAAAGCACAUGUAAAUGGAUUUGUCAAUUAUAGGGUUCAAGAUAUUGACAUGGUGUUGUUCAUUUUGAAUAUUCAGUGAAAAAUGUAUCUGGUUAUUAUAUGACAGAGGCUUUGUAGAGAUAUUUGCAUUUAUACUAAUCCUUAAUAUUUAUAACUCUGGUAUUUUUCUAAUAUAUUCAUCAACAUUGAGUUUGUAUAAGUUAAAAAGAUUGAUGUAGAUUAACAUCAGAAACAAAAUAAUUUGAAGUAUUUGUUAUUUAUGCCAUACAUUUUAAUCUUUUAAUUUUUUUUGGCCAAAAGUGAAGGUUCAUAUUGUUAAGGAUAGGAAAUGUUUCAAUAAAUGUAAAGAUUAGAAAUCAUGUUUGAAGAAUUAAGAUUCUCCAUGUGAGUUCCACUAAUAACACCAACGUAUUGUUUCCCAAUCUAAUUAAACUUUAUUCAUUGGUAAUGUAAUCUGAUAUUAUGUAUGACACUUGCUGUAUAACAAUUUAUUAUAUUCUGUGAUUUGCCUGUGUUUAUGUUUUGAUAAACCAAUGUGAUUGAUGGUUUUAUAUUCAAUUAAUAAUAUUGAUGUUAAGAUAUUAUAGAA